CUCUGAUUGAUAGCUACUAGCUCUAUUGAAGGAAUAUAAAUAUGUGACCUGAGGACGAACUCGUCUCAAACCCUGCAUUAAGUUUCUUCGUAUCCAAGGUCAGGAGUCAUAUACUUUCCACCCCUAUUGAGAUCAUCCAUCGCGCCCACCGACACCUUUUUUCAUUUUUUUUGCCAAAAUGAACACAAAAAGUGAGACCGAUGAAGGAGAACGACAAGAGCCAAGCCCUCCAGAGACUGCGUCCAAUGAGUUUCCAGACGGCGGUCUUCGUGCAUGGCUCGUAGUCGUUGGCGCUUUCUUUGGACUCUUUACGAGCUUUGGCUGGACAAAUUGCGUUGGCAUUUUCCAAGCAUACUAUCAAAGGCAUCAGCUGCGAACUAUGUCCGCAAGCACAAUCUCGUGGAUUCCAGCCAUAUCCAUGUUCAUGAUGUUUCUCACGGGACCUUUUGUUGGCCGGCUAUUCGAUGCAUAUGGGCCGCGAUGGCUUCUACUCAUCGGAUCUCUGCUGCACGUAUUCGGGCUAAUGAUGGCUUCGUUGGCUUCCGAAUAUUACCAAUUCAUCCUCUCCCAAUCCAUCUGCAGCCCUCUUGGCGCGAGCAUGGUGCUCUACUCUUCAUUCAAUUGCGUCGCGACUUGGUUCCGAAAAAAGCGCGCUCUGGCAAUGGGAAUCACAGCAAGCGGGUCCAGCCUGGGGGGCGUCGUCAUGCCGAUUCUGGUUGACCACAUCAUCAACCGCCACGGUUUCGGCUGGGCAAUGCGUAUAUGCGCCUUCUUCAUGCUAGGGUUGCUGGCCGUGACCAAUCUGACCGUGCGCUCUUGCUUGAAGCCGAAGCCAAAGCCUUUGACCUUGAUGAGCUAUUUCAAGAAUUUUACCGAUGUGCCCUUCGUGCUGGUGGCGUUGGCCAGCUUCUUUUAUUCCAUGGGGAUGUUCAUUCCAAUUACAUUCAUUGUCACCUACGGCGAACAUGUCGGUAUGAGCACUAGCCUUGCUGGGUACCUAGUAUCCAUAUUCAAUGCCGCAAGUGGCAUCGGACGCAUCCUACCUGGCUACGCCGCCGACAAGCUCGGCAACUUCAACAUCUCGAUCUGCGCCGCGGGCCUAUCUACAAUAUUCGUGCUCGGGCUAUGGCUCCCCGGAAACUCGCACGCGACUGUGAUUGUCUUCGCUGCCGCAUUUGGGUUCAGCUCGGGCACCUACACGGCUUUGAGCCCUGCAUUGGUCGCCCAGAUCUCGGACAUUCACGAGAUUGGGACGCGGUCCGGAGCGAUGUAUGCAUUCAUGUCGAUUUCGGCCUUGGUGGGUAGCCCGAUUGGUGGUUCUUUGAUUGGGACGGCGGAUGGGAAUUAUUGGAAGUUGCAGGUGUUCACGGGUAUGAUGCUUGCGGGAGGGACAUUGUUCUAUACUCUGGCUCGUGUUCACCUGUCCACAGGCAAGAUUUGGAUGAAAGUGUGAUGAAGGUCUUUUAUACAUCAGUGUCAUUCUUUCUCUACUAUUUGGCCAUUCGGCAGAUCUAAUAUUCCUUUUCAUUUGAGCUCUAGUUCGAUAUUUAUAUUGCAUGAUCUCUCUUGUACACCA